AGCUGUUCCAACUAAUUUUGGAAGUAUUGAUUGGUCUGGACAUGGACAUAAUUCCAAAGCAGCUUCUCAAUCUUGUGUUGGUUACUAGCUCAUUGGCUUGUGCUCAGAGAGGUUGGACGAAUACUGAUGUUGAUCAAAUUGCAUGUGAAUCAUGUGGUGCAUGCUUGCAUUUUGUUUCAUCACCAUCAUGGGCCCCUUCUGAAGUUGAAGAUGCUGUUGAAGCCUUUUCCAAACAACUUAAUGCUGGGCAUAAAAUCAAUUGCCCUUGGAGAGGAAACAGCUGCCCAGAAAGUCUGGUGCAGUUCCCACCAACUCCUCAGUCUGCCCUAAUUGCAGGAUACAACAUACAAGGAUAGAUGUGAUGGACUUUUGCAAUUUCAAUUUCUUCCUGUAAUAGCUGCGUCUGCAAUUGAGCAGAUGCGGGUGUCUUGGAGUCCACAGAUUGAUCGCUUUCUGUCACAGCCCCAGAAUUUUGCAAUAGAAGUAGAAUGGAGAUCAGAGAAUAUGCCAGAACUUGAAUACUCUAGGGAUGGCCCAUUCUGUCUAUAUUCUCGUUCACAAAAGCUUAUAAGUUUGUGUGGAUGGGAACCAAGAUGGCUUCCUAAUGUUCAAGACUGUGAAGAGCAUUCUGCACAAUCAGCUAGAAAUGGACAUUCUUUUGGCCCUACCACAGCCCAGGCGCAUUGCACACAGGACCCUGGACCUGGACCAAGCAAAAAUUCACUCUCUGCUUCAGCUAGAAAGGACACUGGAAAAAAUAAAGAAUUAGUUAUGGAGUCUAGACCUGAAUUCAGAUUACCUUUGUUAGACUGUAGCUUGUGUGGUGCUACUGUCAGGAUAUUGGAUUUCUUAACUGUUCCUCAACCUUCUCGUUUUGCUCCCAGCAAUAUUGAUAUUCAUGGGGCGAGCAAAAAAAUGGGAUUGACACGUGGUGUAAGUGCAGCCAGUGGAAUUAGUGGUUGGGUUGCUGCUGAUGAUCUUGAGAAAGAACAGGCCGAAGAUCGCGAUGAAGUUGCAACAACUGAUAAGGGGAAAUCAAUGCAAAAAACAGAUGUUGAUUUGAAUCUCACAAUGGCAGGGGGUCUGUCUUCUACUCACUUUGGUAGGUCUGCAACAUCCAAAAAUAUGCAUGAUUUGGACAUGGGGCGGGAUCUAAUGAUAGGGCAACCAUCAGGCAGUGAAGUUGGUGAUCGAGCAGCUUCUUAUGAAUCACGAGGUCCUAGUCAUCGUAAACGAAGCUUGGAAUUAGGUGCCAGCUCCGAUGGCAGGCCUCAGUUACAGAUACAGCAGGCUGAUAGUGUUGAAGGAACUGUUGUUGAUCGUGAUGGUGAUGAAGUCACUGAUUCUAGACAGUAUUCUGCUGGGCCUUCAAAACGUGUUUGUGAUUCAGAUGUUUAUGAUACUUACUGUUCAUCAUAUCCAAGAGACUCAUCUGGUGCUGGUCCAAGCCAUUCCAUGGGAUUUGAAACUCAUACUGAUGGCAACAGAAUUGGCUUGUUUAUGCAGGGAAGUGAGCUUUGUAUAGGUAUCCCAUCUGCUCGGGAUUCAACACGUGCAUCAUCUGUCAUAGCCAUGGAUACUGUGUGUCAUAGUGCGGAUGAUGACUCUAUGGAAAGUGUUGAAAAUCAUCCUGGGGAUAUUGAUGAUGUUCAUUUUCCCUCUUCUAGUACGUAUGGUCAUGUAGACAUGAAUGACACAUCAGAACUCAAUUAUAGUAAUCAAGCUCAGCAGAGUAUUUGUUUCCAACCAGCUGCUGAAGCAAUUCCUGGAGAAAUGGGCAUCAGUAGUACAAAUGAUGGUGAAGAAAUUUUCAAUGCAGAAACAGUGACAGCUCAGGCUAGGGAUGGGAUUAGCUUUGGAAUUAGUGGGGGAAGUGUUGGUAUGUGUGCCAGCCAUGAAGCUGAAAUUCAUGGGGUUGAUGUUUCUGUGCAUAGAACAGAGAGUGUUGUUGGUGAUGUGGAACCAAGAGUUGAGGAUGCUGAAAAUCAGGGUCAAACAGGUGAAUCUGCCCCAGAUCCUGGGUUAAUGGAUGAGAUUGUCCCUGGUGAACUAAAUAGGGAAGAUCCUCAGGGUGACAGCCAGGAGACGUUGUCUCGCUCUGUCGGGAGGGCUGACAGUGGUUCAAAAGUUGAUGGGUCUGCCAAGGCAGAUUCUGUUGAAAGUGAUGAAAAGAUAAGUCAAAGCUGCAAGUUAGUCCUGGAGAGUAAUUUUCACCAUUCGCUAUCUUGUAAUGCUAAUAUUGACUCAGGUUAUGAACCAAAUAAGAAAAAGGUUACUGAAGUCAGAAAAUCAUCAUCUAUAAACAAUAGUCCAUACGUUGAGUCAGACUAUGCUGUUGCAAAUGGAUUGGGGCCUCCAAAAGGAGAAAGCAACUAUGAAGAAGCUAUAGAAUUUGAUCCAAUAAUACAUCACAACCAGUUCUGCCCCUGGGUGAACGGAAAUGUUGCUGCUGCUGGCUGUAGUAGUUCUGGUUCUAGCACCAGUGCUGAUGCCGUUGCACUUUGUGGGUGGCAACUAACUUUGGAUGCACUGGAUUCCUUGCAAUCCCUGGCGCAAAUUCCAGCCCAAACCGUAGAGUCUGAGUCAGCAGCAUCAUUAUACAAGAAUGACCACCCAACUCCUGGAAAGAAGCUCCUUCGAAGGCACUCUACGAACAAAAGCCGUGGGCAACAUUGACAAUGAAUUUUGAAGAAGAAACUCCCAAGCACUUGUAAGUAGGUCACCUCUAUAAAUUGGUUGCUCAUGGCUUCAUGCUAUCAUACAUCCUUCUCCUUGUAAUCCUACUUCUCCUUCACAUCAAGUCUGUGAUUCCAAACCUAAGGGUUUCUACAUCUUAUUCAGAGAAGUUAGAGGGGAGGCUUAGGGGGUUUGCUUUUAGGUAAAUGGGAAGAUUUUUUUCUUGAGAUAUUAUAAACGUUUUUGCCAGCAAAAUCAAAGAAAAUAAAGCAGAAUGAGCAAAAAAUGCAGCCUCUUAAAAACUAUUGAAAGAAUUUGAUUAUAUAUUGUUUUCAAGUAACGUGUUAACAUGUCCUUGAUGUCCAAGCUGGGAGUAUUUUUGGUCAGUGGUUAUUGUUUUAUUGAUAAUUUGAAACUAGUGCAGAUGAAAGUACCAUUUGAAGUUUCUUUUUAAAAAUAUGCAAUUUUCAAUAUAAAUGAUUAACAAAU